GUCCCGCCGGGGAUAAGCAUGCAGUGCAUGGCCUUCACGACGAGGCUGCUCCGCUGCUGCGGGCUGUGGCCGGCCCGCGGCGACUCCCGGCUCUACCGGCUCUACGCCCGCGCCGUCGCGCUCAACGUGUUCCUGAACGUCGUGCUGAUGUCGCUCGCGCUGGUCACCAGGAACCAGGACAUGAAGUCCUUCACGGAGAGCGGCGGGCUGAUACUGACCAUCCUGCCGUGCUGCUUCGGCGUCGUCUCCUUGACGACCGAGAGGCGUCGCUACCAGGACGUCAUCCGGGCCAUCCAGCUCUUCGUCUCCGACGGCGACUCGGGUCCGGCCGACGGCAGGAGGCGAGUCGCGGCCAGAGCAGCGGCGGAAGAGAAGAAGAUGGACGUGCUGUACUUCGGCAACGUGGUCCUGGCCUCGUUCGGCUACCACCUGGUGCCCCUGGCGCUCUUCGUCGCGAGGUGGGCGUCGGGAGACCCCGAAGCCCGGCUGGAGCUGCCGAUCAAGCAGAUGACCUUGUUGGACUGCGACGGCGGGCUGGGGUUCGCCGCGGAGUACGUCGCGCAGACCGUCGUCGGCUGCGGGGUUAUCCCCACGCUCGUGUCCCUGGACCUCCUCACCUUCCUGCUCGUGAAGAACCUCGCACACGCUUUCCAAGUCCUGAAAAUCUCCCUGGCAGAUGUCGGGAAAAUAAACGUGGGGGAUCCCACGACCCAAGUCGACCAGCCUGCUCCAGAGCCUGAUGGCGAAGGAUCCGUGUUUAUCAACGGCGCUGCAUUGGAAAGCAGGGUGCUCGGUCGUCAACCGUUGGAAACUUCUCUCGGAACUGUAAAGGAAGCGUCUGAUACCAUAAGGAAAUUCUGCCAGGAUCAUCAGGAAAUCCUAAGAAAUGCCCUGGAACUGGUCGAUCUUCUAAGAAAAUGGUUAUUUUCUCAUUACCUCGUGGCAUCACUGUUGGUCUGUUCGCUUUGCUACCAGCUUCAAGUGAUGGAAGAUUUGCGUGACUUGUUUACUCAAGUCAGUCACCUGACAGUCAUCAUGUUCAGACUGUUCACUCUCUGCUACUUCUCAUCGGAGCUGGCUUAUCAGAGCGCCUCCGUGGCGGACGCUGCGUGCUGCUGCGACUGGCCCGGCCUGACGGCUGGCGACAAGCGCAGCCUGCUGCUCGUCGCGUGCCGCGCGCAGCGUCCAGUCGUCAUGAAGACCGGCCGCUUCGGGGACAUGUCGCUCGGCACCUUCUCCGCGAUAUAAUGGACGUUGUUCAAGAAGCAGAUUUCACCACAUGCAUGAAACCAAUAUGGAUGGUUUCAAGAGCAUUCGGCUUGGAACCAUUUCAGAUUAUUUUAAAAACUCUUUCUGAUGGCACAAUUCGAUUGAAACCAAAAUAUUCUGUGAAAAAGACUUUACAUACGUAUGCAGUAAUUUUCAUUAUGAUAGUAAGUUUCUUUAUCAGUGCAACCAGGAAUAAAGAAACUUUUCACGAAUCAAUAAAUGUUCCUGGUCCUAAAUUACAAAUACUAAGACUCUUAAAUCUUGUAUCUCGCUACAUGGCAGCUCUGGUGAGCGUAACAGGAAUGUAUAUGCAUGGUAAAUCCAGACUCGAAAUAUAUCAGACGUUCAUGGAGGUUGAUGAAAUGCUUUCUAAACACUCCCGUGUAAACUAUAGAAAUUGGUCCAAAUGCUGCGCACGACAUCUUGCCAUAAUGAUAUUCACACUCUUAGCUUUUACUAUUGCAAGUACAGUUUUUGCCACAUUACAUCGAGACGGCUCUUUAAGAAUCAUCAUUCAGAUCGUGCAUUUUAUUACAGACUUUGUCGUGUUUACCACUACAGCCAGCUACAUAAAUUUAAUACUUUUGAUAUACCAACGUUUGAAAUUAAUAAAUGAAGCGCUACAAACUCAUUUUGAUCUUAUUGUUAUGAGGGUAAAACCUAGUACCGUAAAUUAUUUUAGAAGAAGCACAUUAAAUUAUAUCCAAGAGUCACCACAACGGCCAAAAAAUAUGAUUAUGAACUUGAACAACCGAAAUUCAGUGGAUGAAGGCCUACUAUCUGAUGAACGCGCAAGAUUGAUACAUUCUAUGAGACGGAUAUACAACAAAAUAUAUCAAAUUUCUUUAAUAAUAAACAAAGUUUAUGGCGUUAUCGUAUUAUUCAGCAUAUUCUCAACGUUUGUUACCAUUACUUUGAGUUUGUAUUUUGGUUUAAAAGCUGGCUUCGGUUCAAUAACUUCCCCGAACGACUUCAACCAAAAAUUUCAAGCCACCACUUUCUUUACAUGGUCAUUAGCUUAUGUCGUAAAAACGUUUGCUAUGCUGUGGGCUUGCAAUGCCUCGACUAAUGAGACUAAACGGAUCAACGAUAGGAUACAUCACUCUCUAAUCCAUUGUGGACAGGAACAAGAGAAGAAAACGGCUUUGAAAGAGUUCUCUAGCCAGAUCACCGAUUGCGGCAUGGCGUUCUCGGGUUCAGGAAUUAUAACACUCGAUAUGCCGUUACUUGCUUCAAUGAUGGGUUCAGUGAUGUCAUACCUGCUUGUACUGCUGCAGUUAAACCCCUCCGAAACACCGAGGUAGCGAAACGGAUCUGUACAGCAUGACAUCUAAGAUAAGUUUUAAAUUUCAGUUGCUAAAAUGAAAAAAAAAAUAAAAAA